GAGAGUCGCGCAGCCUCUGUUGAGAAUGACCAACUGUACACUUCUGCAAGUUUAACAGCAUCUCGUGGGUUGAUUUUUUGUAGAUUGUGGCAGAAACUCAUUUGGCGUCCUAUGGAUCAUUGAGUCAGGGAUCAAUGGCUCAACCUCGUCUUACUGGAGCUCUGCGCUCCUUCUCAAAUGUCAGCAGGCAAGAUGAUUACACAGGAGAACCCAGUGAUUUAAAGUCCAAAAGGCUGAAAAGACAGGAAGCUUUCUCCAAAGAAGGCGUCACGUGGAAAAUGAUUGCUCAGUUCAUCAGCCAGCAUUUAGAGAAGAGAGACCAACAGGCGGCCAGUGAAAAUCUGAAAAUUGUGCUUCAGACAGCACGACAGAUAGUUGGGAGUGAGUUUGGACAGGAAGUGAUUGAAAGUGCUGCAGUUUUCAUCUUCAAAUUGUUUUGCAAUAAGGACCAAGUUGGCCAUGAGGAGACUAAAGCCAUCAGACAGAUGUUUGGACCCUUCCCUUCUUCGUCUGUCGAUGCUGCCUGUGCUGCAGUGAAUAGAGUUGUGUCUCUCUUUGAUGAGACGCAGAUAGAAACAUUUAUCAAAGUUCACAGCUCAAGCCAUUUUAAGGACCACGUUCCCUUUGGCAAAAAUAUAAUGUUUUCGUUUGACACCUAUACAUUAGAUUACUUAGAAUAUUUGCCAAUAAAAAAUGACGAUGAAAAGCUUUCAAAGGAAUUUAGUUUAAACUAUGACAAAUUUCUAAACAAUCAGCAAGAAAACUUGAGAAAUGGCACUGUUGAGAAUGCAAGUGUCGAAUUCACUCAAAACAUAGACAGCUCUUUUUUACAUCGAGAGGUCGAGAAGUAUUUGUUACAUGGAAGUAUGGGAUCAUCCAGUGCUGAAGACGUUUGUACCACCUUGUUUGAGAUGCUGGCAUCACAGAAGACUGAUGAUGAACUUCAAAAUGAGCUGUUUGAGCUGCUGGGACCUGACGGGUUUGAACUAAUUGAGAAGCUGCUGCAGUGCAGGUCUAGUAUUGUGGGAUCCUUUCUUGCUGUACCACCUGACAUGAAGUGCAACUACCUUCAAGAUUCUUCCCGCAAAACUGGAGAAACCACCAAGCCCAUCUAUGGCUGUCAAGUUACAAUCCAGUCUGAACAAGAAAAGCAGCUGAUGAAACAAUGCCGUCGUGAAGAGAAACGGAUCGCUAAGAGAGAAAAACGAGGAGAGGAUCCCGAAUCUUCAGGCAUACUGCUGCACUUUGACCCUAAGGAGCUCAGGUUACAAAGGGAGCAAGCUCUGCUUACUGCUCGGAAGUCUCCAGUUUGGGGCAGACAGAGGGAGUAUGAGAGAAUUCAUUAUCCACAUGUCUAUGAUUCCUAUGCCGAAGCCACAAAAACAUCUGCAUUUGUUGGUGGUGCAAAGAUGCUUCUACCUGAAGGGAUUAAGAGGGAGAACAACAAAAUGUAUGAAGAAGUUGUCAUUCCACCAAAUGAGCCCAUGCCAAUUGGCUUUGAGGAGAAACCAGUUUACAUCACUGAUUUGGAUGAGAUUGGACAACUUGUUUUUAAAGGCAUGAAACGACUAAACCGGAUCCAGUCAAUAGUUUUUGAGACAGCCUACAACACAAACGAAAAUAUGCUGAUUUGUGCACCCACCGGAGCUGGGAAAACGAAUAUUGCUAUGCUAACUGUUCUGCAUGAAAUUCGCCAGCAUAUUCAGCAAGGAGGAGUGAUCAGAAAGGAUGAAUUUAAGAUUGUGUACGUUGCCCCUAUGAAGGCAUUGGCUGCUGAGAUGACAAAUUACUUCAGUAAGCGUCUAGAACCACUUGGCAUCUCUGUGAAGGAACUGACUGGAGACAUGCAGCUGACCAAAGGUGAAAUCCUGCGGACACAGAUGCUGGUGACAACCCCUGAGAAAUGGGAUGUGGUGACGAGGAAGAGUGUUGGUGAUAUUGCUCUUUCUCAGAUAGUGAGACUUCUAAUUCUCGACGAGGUCCAUUUGCUUCAUGAGGAUAGAGGACCAGUGCUUGAAAGUUUAGUUGCAAGGACCCUCCGGCAGGUUGAGUCAACACAGAGCAUGAUCCGAAUACUGGGUCUAUCUGCUACCCUUCCCAACUACCUCGAUGUUGCUUCGUUCCUUCAUGUGAAUCCCUACAUUGGACUCUUCUACUUUGAUGGAAGAUUUCGUCCUGUUCCUCUUGGCCAGACCUUUGUUGGAAUAAAGACUACAAAUAAGGUGAUGGUUUUUGUGCACGCCAGGAAUUCCACAGUUCGUACUGCGAAUAGCCUAAUAGAAAUGGCCAAAAAUCGUGGAGAGAUUUCUUUCUUCUUACCAGAGCAAGGCCCGGACUAUGGACAGGCUGAGAAACAGAUACAAAAAUCUCGGAAUAAGCAGCUGCGGGAGAUGUUCCCGGAUGGAUUUGGGAUUCAUCACGCAGGAAUGCUGAGGCAGGACAGGAACCUUGUGGAGAGCCUGUUUUCCCGUGGACACAUCAAAGUUCUAAUCUGUACAGCUACCCUGGCUUGGGGUGUUAACCUUCCCGCACACGCUGUGAUCAUCAAGGGUACCCAGAUUUAUGAUGCCAAGAGAGGAACUUUGGUGGAUUUAGGGAUUUUGGAUGUUAUGCAAAUAUUUGGACGCGCAGGACGACCACAGUUCGAUAAAUUUGGAGAAGGCACCAUUAUUUCAACUCAUGAUAAACUGAGUCAUUACCUUACUCUGCUUACUCAACAAAACCCAAUUGAGAGCCAGUUUUUGGAGAGCCUUGCUGACAAUUUGAAUGCUGAGAUCGCAUUAGGAACCGUUACCAAUGUUGAAGAAGCAGUGAAGUGGCUCAGCUACACAUACUUGUAUGUGCGUAUGAGAGCAAACCCAUUAGCAUAUGGUAUCAAUUACAAGGCAUACCAGAUGGACCCUGGUCUGGAGAUGUACAGACAGGAACUUGUGGUGGAAUCUGGACGAAAACUUGACAAAGCCAGAAUGAUUCGGUUUGAAGAGAGAACAGGAUACUAUUACUCAACCGAUUUAGGCAGGACUGCCAGUCACUUCUAUAUUAAAUACAACACCAUUGAGACAUUCAAUGAAUUGUUUGAUGCCCACAAAACAGAGGCUGAUAUUCUGAGUAUUGUGUCUAAGGCAGAAGAAUUUGACCAGGUCAAGGUCAGAGAUGAAGAAAUCGAAGAACUGGAGCAGUUGCUCCACAAUUAUUGUGAGCUGCCUGCUGCUGGUGGGGUUGAAAACGGCUACGGAAAAAUCAACAUUCUUCUUCAGACGUACAUUGGGCGUGGAGAGGUGGACAGUUUCUCGCUUAUCUCGGACCUCUCAUACGUAGCUCAGAAUGCAGCUCGAAUUGUCCGAGCCCUUUUCGAAAUUGCUCUGCGGAAACGAUGGCCUGCUAUGACGUACCGCCUGCUCAACCUCUGCAAGGUCAUCGACAAGCGCCUGUGGGGCUGGGCCAACCCUCUGCGCCAGUUUCCUGCACUGCCAGGGUCCGUCCUCUCCAGGCUAGAGGAAAAGAAGCUCACCAUAGACAAGCUGAAGGACAUGAGAAAGGAUGAAAUAGGUCACAUGUUGCAUCAUGUGAAUAUCGGGUUAAAGGUCAAGCAGUGUGUCCAUCAGAUUCCUUCCAUCAUAAUGGAAGCAAAUAUCCAACCAAUCACUCGCACAGUGCUUAGAGUUAGACUUACCAUAAACCCGGAUUUCAAAUGGAACGAUCAGGUUCAUGGCUCAGUAGGAGAACCUUGGUGGAUCUGGGUUGAGGAUCCUACAAAUGACCACAUUUACCAUUCAGAAUAUUUUCUUCUACAGAAGAAGCAGGUUGUGAUCCAUGAGCCCCAGCAGUUGGUGUUCACUAUUCCAAUAUUUGAACCCCUGCCUUCCCAGUACUACAUACGUGCUGUUUCUGACAGGUGGCUUGGAGCAGAGGCUGUGUGCAUUAUCAACUUCCAGCAUCUCAUACUACCAGAGAGGCACCCACCACACACAGAACUGCUGGAUCUGCAGCCUCUGCCAGUCACUGCCUUGGAGAGCCGAGAGUACGAGAGCCUGUAUAAAUUCACACAUUUCAACCCCAUUCAGACGCAGAUUUUCCACACCCUCUAUCACACUGACACAAAUGUCCUACUUGGAGCUCCCACAGGCUCUGGGAAGACGGUGGCUGCUGAAAUGGCAAUCUUCAGGGUCUUUAACAAGUACCCUGCAUCCAAGGCAGUGUACAUUGCUCCUUUAAAAGCACUGGUCCGUGAAAGGAUAGAUGACUGGAAGAUCAGGAUAGAAGAAAAGUUGGGAAAAAAGGUGGUGGAACUGACGGGGGACGUCACGCCAGACAUGAGAGCUAUCGCGCAGGCAGACCUCAUUGUCACCACCCCAGAGAAAUGGGACGGCGUCAGCAGGAGCUGGCAGAACAGGAGCUACGUCCAGAAAGUCGCCAUUCUUGUCAUCGACGAGAUUCAUUUACUGGGGGAAGACAGAGGUCCAGUACUUGAAGUCAUUGUAUCAAGGACAAACUUUAUCUCCUCUCACACUGCCAAGCCUGUGAGGGUUGUGGGACUUUCAACAGCACUUGCCAAUGCUAGAGACUUAGCAGACUGGCUGGGAAUCAGACAGAUGGGAUUGUUCAACUUCCGUCCAUCUGUACGCCCAGUUCCACUGGAAGUGCACAUUCAUGGCUACCCCGGACAGCACUACUGUCCUCGCAUGGCAAGCAUGAACAAGCCAGCUUUUCAAGCAAUCCGCAGUCAUUCCCCUGCCAAGCCUGUGCUGAUCUUUGUGUCAUCCAGACGUCAAACUCGACUUACAGCUCUUGAUUUAAUUGCUUUCCUGGCCACAGAGGAUGACCCCAAACAGUGGCUGCACAUGGAUGAGAGAGAGAUGACUGAUGUAAUUGCUACAGUUCGUGAGUCGAACCUGAAAUUGACCCUUGCCUUUGGAAUCGGCCUCCAUCAUGCUGGUUUGCAUGAAAGAGACAGGAAGACUGUGGAAGAACUGUUUGUUAAUUGCAAAAUCCAGGUUCUGAUUGCUACAAGCACACUGGCCUGGGGAGUGAACUUCCCUGCCCAUCUUGUGAUUGUUAAAGGAACUGAAUACUACGAUGGAAAAACCAGGCGUUAUGUUGACUAUCCAAUCACAGACGUUCUUCAGAUGAUGGGUCGUGCAGGCAGGCCACAGUUCGAUGACCAAGGGAAAGCUGUGAUUCUUGUCCAUGACAUUAAGAAAGAUUUCUACAAAAAAUUCCUCUAUGAACCAUUCCCUGUUGAGUCAAGCUUGCUGGGUGUACUUUCGGACCACUUGAACGCUGAGAUUGCUGCAGGAACAAUUUCAUCAAAACAGGAUGCCAUGGAUUACAUAACCUGGACGUACUUCUUCCGCCGUCUUGUAAUGAACCCCAGUUAUUACAAUUUGGAUGAUAUAAACCAUGACACCAUCAACAAGUUCCUGUCUAACUUGGUAGAAAAGUCUCUAAGGGAUUUGGAAUGUUCUUACUGUAUGGAAAUAGGAGAGGACAACCGUACCAUUGUGCCCUUGACUUAUGGACGUAUUGCCUCCUAUUACUACUUAAAACAUCAGACUGUGCGGAUGUUUAAAGAGAGGCUGAAAGCAGAGUGCAGAAUAGAAGAUCUGCUCUCCGUUCUCACUGAUGCUGAAGAAUAUGCUGAACUGCCUGUGAGGCACAACGAGGACCAGAUGAAUAGUGAACUGGCUCACCGCCUUCCGAUUGAAGUGAACCCUCAUUCCUUUGACAGCCCCCACACCAAGACCCAUCUUCUCCUUCAGGCUCAUUUCAGCCGAGCUGCAUUGCCUUGCCCUGACUAUGCUACUGACACUAAGACUGUAUUGGACAAUGCCAUUCGAAUUUGCCAGGCAAUGCUGGAUGUGGCAGCUAAUGAAGGCUGGUUGGUCACAGCCCUCAAUAUAUGUAACCUUGUCCAGAUGAUUGUUCAGGGACGAUGGCUCCAUGACUCAACCCUGCUUCUCCUACCAAACAUGGAGCAGCAACAUCUUUAUCUUUUUAGGAAAUGGAACCAAGGCAGAGGGAAAAGCGGCUCUGGGAGUUAUCAGGGCUCCAUUGAAUGUCUUCCUGAACUGAUAGCUGCCUGUGAAGGAAGAGAGCACACAUUCACUUCCAUGGUGGCUAAUGAAUUACAGCCUUUCCAGGCUUCACAGGCCUGGAAUUUCCUCAGCCAUCUGCCAGUUAUUGAGGUUGGAAUGAGCAUCAAAGGCUGGUGGGAGGAAAGCGAAGGGCAAACAGAGAGAGGUUUACCUACUGUGGUGUCUGACAUCAGGAAUGAGAAGAACUGGGUAUCUGUGCACGCUGAUCAGGAGUAUGUGCUUCAGAUAAAUCUGCGCCGUAUCAACAUGGGACAUCAAAAGAGAAAGCAAGACAGCAAAGCUCUUGCUCCCAAAUUCCCCAAGGUCAAAGAUGAAGGGUGGUUUGUAGCCCUGGGAGAGGUGGAUAAAAGGGAACUUUUGGCCUUGAAGAGAAUUGGAUAUGUGAGAAACCGCAGCAAUGUAUCACUAGCUUUCUUUACACCAGAGAAGACUGGAAGGUGUAUCUACACUCUGUAUUUGAUGAGUGACAGUUACCUUGGCAUGGACCAGCAAUAUGACAUUUACCUGAAUGUGAUACCAGCCAGCAUUGCCUCCCAAGUCAACACUGAGGUCUCUGAUGCCGUGAGCGACCUGACCUUGGAGUGACAUGACUUCUUUUAAUCAGCUGGGAGCAAUAAUGUUGCAGCACAGAUUGGGCUGGUGUGCUGGGCCGUGCAGAAAUUACUUGAUAUUUGCCUUAGCAGAUGCAACUUCUAACCUCAGACACAAAGGAAAUUGGAAGUGGCAGCUCAGGCUGACCUUUAGAUCACAGGCUCUGUACAGCCAUGAUGGCCUUACAUAAUGUUGCUUUUGAAUUAAUGCUACAGUCAGAUUGUUCAAGACAAAGGUGAAAUCUGUAUGGUACACUUAAAGCACAGCACACACAAUAGAUCCAUCAUACACUUCAGUCUGAAUGUUUGUUACUGUGAGAACUCCCUACCUUUAAUAGGUAAUUAGGAACCUUUGCCACUGGUGAUGAUGAUUGGGCGCUAAGUGGCACUCUUAAGAGGGUUAUUUAAUUUAAUUUUAUAUUUCACUGUGGAAUAACAGUGCUAAGAAAGCAUAUUUUGAAGUAUGAAUUAUUUUUAUUGUUCCUAAUAAACCAAAACCAUCAAGUUUUUUUUUUUUGUUGUCAUUCGAUAAUUCCAUUUGUGCUUUAAUUUUGUUAUUUUGCUAAACCAGACUUUGUUGUGUGGUUUAGCCAUUUCUGAAUACGUGUUGUUUACAUAGGACAAUGAAUCUUGAUGCUGCAAAGUUAAUUAAAGGGUGUACUGUAUAAUUUUGGUAUACAUUUUCAAUAUUAAUAUGGAAUUGUUGUAUAUGAACCUGUAAGCAUUUUGAGAGACCAUUUAUGAUGUGAAGCUGAAAUGCAUACAGAAUUUAUUUUUUUUUCAGAUUGCUGUUCUUUAUUUGAAUUAAAGUUAAAGCAUGGGUUUUUUGCACAAUAUAAGAUCAUAAGUUUUGUGUUUGACAUACAGUACUAAACCAGUUUUGUUUCCAUCAAGGAAAAUUCUUAUUUAAAAAUAGAAAAUUCCCAGCUUUCUUCAGAGUUUAGAAAUCUAUUUUUUUCCCUAUACUUUAAGUAUUCAUUUUUGUUCCUCUGAAUUGCUGUCUUUUUAAGAAACAAAAAUGCUUAAUGUUAAAUAUGAAUCUAAGAUGAUUGAUCCCUGCAAAUCUCAAGUAUAACAUAAAUUGAAAUGUAAACAGCACGCUUUCGAACGCAGUUUUUGUUCAAUGCUUACAAUCACAAUUGAAAACCAUCACAGUGCACAAGAAUACUUUUUAAGAAAGUUAUGCUUUUUUCAGGAGACCAUUAAAAACCUACAUUUUCUAAUUCUGACUUACAUAGUAUUAAACUUUAUAUGUUACAAGUCAGUAAAAAUUCCAGGCUCUAAUUUUACAUGCUAUACACCCUGUAUAGCAGAAAAUGUGUGAAUCCAAUCAUAUUAAUACAGAAUUCUUAGUAUGUUCGUGAUAAAAAAACACUAUAUUCAUCAAAUUAAUAAUGAACAGAUUAAUUGACAGAUUGCUCUUUGAAACAUGCUGAGAAUGAAUACGUAAAUAACUAGUUCAAUGAACUAUACCUCAAGAAAGCAUAAUUCUGAAAUACCUGUUGCAUAUCAAACCUGUGCUACUGUACAUUCAAGGUAUUGCUAAUGCAAGACAAAAGAGAUUUAGUAUAUGGUACCAUAAUUGUGUACCUAUACUGAAACCAUAUAUUCUUAAAUCACAGAAAAAUUGUGGGAGGUAAACAUUGACUUUGGAAAUUCUAUAUAUCAAUGUAUAUGACAAAUAGCACUCUUAUUUGGACCAGCAUGUUAACAUUGUUUUAAAGUUAAUAUAUGAAGGCAGGAAAAAAUAACUCUUACUGGGCACACAAGCAAUUUAACAUUUGAAAAUAUACUGAAGAACUGAUUUGGGCAAAGGUUCUGACUAAAUAUACUGUAGAUUAGUCUUUUUCAUACUUCUAGGGAAUGUGUUUGCAUACUAUGUCAAUAUAAUAAAAAUUGUUAAAAAGUAUGAAAAAUAAUUUCAAAUAAAGCAUUUAAAUCAG